AUGCUGUCAAAUAUGAUGACGCGAUUGGCUCUGCCAUUGGCCAUUCUCUCAUUCUUCCUAUCCUUCGUCAAUGGUCUUCCCACCGAUGCGCUCGUCGCACGCCAGUCGAAGAACCUCCGCAUCCUGCCGCUAGGCGACUCCAUUACCUGGGGUUACAUCAACGGCGGCGGUUCAAAUGGCUACCGUGAGCGGCUGCUGGCCGAUCUGAAGUCUGGUGGCUACACCGUUGACUUCGUCGGCACGCAACAGUCCGGAACCAUGGCGGACAAGGACAACCAAGGUUUCCCUGGCUACACCAUCUCCCAGAUCCGUGGUGUUGCCGCCGGUGGUCUUGCAUUGAAGCCCAACGUCGUUCUGCUCCAUGCCGGUACCAACGACUUGAACAGAGGAAACCCUUCCUCAGAGCCAGAUGCUGAUGCGCCGAGACGACUUGGACUCUUGCUCGAUGACGUUCUGAAGGCCGUCCCCAACGCGGUCGUCAUCGUGGCCAAGAUCAUCCCAUCAAAGCAAUCUGGACUUAACGCAAACAUCAAGACCUUCAACAACGCACUGCCUGCUAUCGUCGCCGCCAGGGUCAGCAAGGGAUCGAAGGUUUCCAUUGUUGAUAUGAACGUCCUCAGCACGAGCAGCGAGUUGAGCGAUAACCUGCACCCGAAUGUCGCUGGAUACGCGCGCAUGGGUGACAUCUGGAACGCGGGCAUCAAGGCUGUUGCCGGUUCUAUCCCUGCACCUGCUUAG